UCAAUUCUUUUCUUAUACCCACCCACCCACACCCACACCCACACCCAUAUCUCUCUCUCUUCUUCUCUUCUUAAACCCCUCAUUUUGGUUUUCAUAUUCUUCACAAGUUCCUCUUUUUCCACUCCCCAUCCACAAUUUUCCUCUCGCCCCAUAUGGGUUUUGAUGAUCUUUCUCCCACCGGCUUGGUCUUGGGGUUGGGGCUCUCCGAGGCCUCUCCCAAGCCAGCGCCUGAUCAACACAACCUCAUCAAAAAGCCAGCACCUUGCUCCAGCUCCCUUGAUUUUGACCCAUGUUUGACUUUGGGGUUCUCCGGCGAGAGUGCUUACCGGAAGAUUGACGAUCAUCAUUUGUAUCGCCAAGCUUCCCCUCAUAGCAGCGCUGUUUCUUCCUUCUCCGGCGGCGGCGGCGGCCGUAGGGUCAAGAGGGAGAGGGAUCUUAGCAGUGAAGAAGUUGACUUGGAGAGAGUUUCAUCGAGAAUCAGCGAUGAAGAUGAAGAUGGUUCCAAUACUAGGAAGAAACUUAGGCUCUCUAGAGAACAAUCCGCUCUCUUGGAAGAAAGCUUCAAACAAAACAGCACUCUCAACCCUAAACAAAAACAAGCCUUGGCCAGACAGCUAAAUCUGCGGCCACGACAAGUCGAAGUAUGGUUUCAAAACAGGAGAGCCCGAACGAAAUUGAAACAAACGGAAGUAGAUUGUGAAUUCUUGAAGAAGUGCUGCGAGACACUGACGGAUGAAAAUAGAAGACUGCAAAAGGAGCUUCAAGAACUCAAGGCGCUAAAGCUCGCCCAGCCUCUUUACAUGCACAUGCCCGCGGCGACGUUGACGAUGUGCCCGUCGUGCGAAAGGGUCGGUGGCGCUCGCGACGGGGCUUCCAAAGCCAAAUUUUCUAUGGCUCCCAAGCCUCACUUUUACAACCCCUUCUCUAAUCCUUCCGCGGCUUGUUAGAUUAAUAGUCUAGGCCAAUACAAGCUAGACAAAUACACCCACAUAAAAACUACAAGAAUAUAUAGUUUUUUUUUUCUUCUUCUUCAAAAGGCCGUAGGUAGAGUAGAAAUUAGAGAAAUUUAGUGUAAUUAACAUGUAGAAAAUUUCUAUUGAUCACUGAAGAUCAAAUUAUCAGUUCUUUUUUUUUGGGGAUGAUGAGAUAUGUGUAAAGGUUUAAAAUUCUAUCUAGAAAUGAAGAAAUUGAUGGGUACGUAUAUUAUUUUAAGAGAGUAUGAUGAUGAUGAGAUUUGUAGAGAAGAAAUUUGGUUUUAUGGAAUUUUUGGGGUGUAAAUUUUUUGAUGUGACGCAAUGUGGAUGGUGUGUUGGAUUGGAAAAUUAUUGGGUGGUGUUGGUGUAAGGCUUUCUAUCAAGCCCAUUGGCUGCCUACGUGUUACGCAAGGGAUGACAUUGAUAUGACUUUUGCUA